AUGGAGAGGAAGGGAGGAAAUGCGAUUCCGAGUUCACCAUCACACACUCCGAGGUCCAUUGACAAGGCAGCAAGAGAUCUCCGACUUGGAGAAGGAAAUAUGAGUGGCAAAAAUGACAAAGAAAAAUGCGUGAAUGUUCAGGUUGUUGUGCGAUGCAGACCAAUGAAUGCUGAUGAGGAAAAAUUGCACACACCAAUGGUUAUUACAUGUUCAGAAAACAAGAGGGAAGUAUGUGCAAUUCAGAAUAUUGCUAACAAACAGAUUGAUAGAUCAUUUGUGUUUGACAAGGUCUUUGGUCCAAAAUCCCAACAAAGGGACUUGUAUCAUUCAGCAGUCUCUCCCAUAGUUUUCGAAGUUCUUGAGGGCUACAACUGCACCAUAUUUGCUUACGGCCAGACAGGAACCGGGAAAACAUACACAAUGGAGGGAGGAGGCAGGAAAAAGAAUGGGGAAUUCCCAAGUGAUGCAGGUGUUAUUCCCAGGGCUGUGAAGCAGAUAUUUGAUAUAUUAGAAGCUCAAAAUGCGGAGUAUAGUAUGAAAGUUACAUUUCUAGAGCUGUACAAUGAGGAGAUAACAGAUCUUUUGGCUCCUGAAGAAGUUCAGAAAUUCCCAGAAGACAAGUCCAAGAAACCCAUAGCACUCAUGGAGGAUGGAAAGGGAGGCGUACUUGUGAGAGGCUUGGAAGAGGAGAUAGUUUCCACCGCUGAUGAAAUAUACAGAAUAUUGGAGAAAGGUUCUGCUAGAAGACGUACAGCAGAGACCCUUAUGAAUAAACAAAGCAGUCGUUCUCACUCAAUAUUUUCUAUCACAAUUCACAUUAAGGAGCGUACUCCAGAGGGGGAAGAGAUAAUUAGAUGUGGAAAGCUGAAUCUAGUUGAUCUUGCUGGUUCAGAGAAUAUUUCGCGGUCUGGUGCAAAAGAGGGAAGAGCAAGGGAAGCUGGUGAGAUAAACAAAAGCUUGCUUACACUUGGCCGUGUCAUAAACACGCUAGUUGAGCGCUCAGGACAUAUACCUUAUAGGGAUAGUAAGUUAACACGGUUGCUGAGAGAUUCCUUGGGAGGGAAAACAAAGACAUGCAUAAUUGCUACUAUCUCCCCCUCCAUCCAUUCUUUGGAAGAGACACUCAGCACCUUAGACUACGCACACCGUGCAAAAAAUAUCAAGAACAAACCAGAGAUCAAUCAGAAGAUGAUGAAAUCGGCAAUGAUGAAAGACCUGUAUUCCGAAAUUGAACGGCUUAAGCAAGAGGUAUAUGCUGCUAGAGAGAAAAAUGGGAUCUACAUACCGAAAGACAGAUAUCUUCAGGAAGAAGAGGAGAAGAAGGCAAUGGCUGAAAAAAUAGAGCGCAUGGAACUUGAUUCUGAAUCCAGGGGCAAGCAAAUGAUGGAGCUUCAGGAACUUUAUAACUCUCAGCAGCUAAUAACUGCAAAUUUAACUGAAAAACUUGACAAGACAGAGAUAAAGCUCCAAGAAACUGAACAUUCGUUGUUUGAUCUUGAAGAAAAGCAUAGACAAGCAAAUGUAACUAUCAAAGAGAAAGAAUUUCUCAUCUCCAACCUUCUAAAAUCUGAAAAAGCACUUCUUGAGCGGGCAUUUGACCUUCGUUCGGAGCUUGAGAAUGCUGCAUCAGACGUGUCUAAUCUUUUCACCAAGAUUGAGCGCAAGGACAAAAUUGAAGAUGGAAACAGAAUUCUUGUCCAACAGUUCCAAUCUCAAUUAACCAAACAGCUUGACACCUUGCAUAAGACUAUAGCAGCUUCUGUGACCCAACAAGAGCAACAGCUGAAAGGCAUGGAGGAAGAUAUGCAAUCAUUUGUAUCCACAAAGACCCAGGCAACUGAAGAACUUCGAGCUGCUCUAGAGAAGUUAAAAACAAUGUACGGUUCUGGUAUCAAAGCUUUGGACGAUAUAGCUGAUGAGGUUGAUGGGAAUUCACAGUCAACAUUUGAGCAUUUGAAUUCUCAAGUCUCCAAAAAUUCUUCUGCUCUUGGGGAUCUUUUCAAGGGUAUUGCAUCAGAAGCUGAGAAAUUGCUUAAUGAUCUACAAGACAUCCUCUACAGCCAGGAAAAUAAACUAACCGCAUUUGCACAACAACAACGAGAGGCACAUUCUAGAGCUGUGGAAACAUCAAGAUCAAUAUCUAACACUACUAUGAACUUCUUCGAUACGUUAGACACACAUGCAACAAAAUUGACAAAAAUUGUCGAAGAGGGUCAGACUGCUAAUGACCAAAAACUAUUUGAACUAGAAAGAAAGUUUGAGGAAUGCACUGCAAAUGAAGAAAGACGACUACUAGAGAAAGUUGCAGAACUGCUUGCAGUUUCAAAUGCUACGAAGAAAGAACUGGUUAGAACAGCGGUGGAUGGUCUACGUGAAACUGCAGCUAGUAAAGCUAACAGAUUCGUGCAAGAAAUGUCGACAAUGAAAGAUUCAAGCUCUUGCAUAAGGGAUGAAUGGACAAACUACACUAAGAAGUCCGAAAACCACUAUCUUGAAGAUACUGCUGCAGUUGAAAAUGGAAAGAAAGACCUGGAUGAGGUUCUUCAGAAUUGUUUACAAAAGGCGAAAAUGGGGUCACAACAAUGGAGUAGUGCUCAGGAAUCUUUGCUUGCUUUAGAGAAGAGCAAUGUUGCAUCUGUGGAUGAAAUAGUUAGGGGAGGAUUGGAAGCCAAUCAGAUUUUACGUUCACGGUAUUCAGCAGCUGUGUCAUCUGCACUUGAUGAUACAAAUGUUGCAAGCGAAAACCUUCUUUCCUCAAUUGACCAUUCCUUACAACUCGACCAUGAUGCACGCGAAAAUCUUGAUUCCAUCAUUGUUCCUUGUUGUGGUGAACUGAGGGAACUGAAGGGUGAACACUACCAUAAGAUCAUAGGAAUCUCAGAAAAUGCUGGAAAAACCCUCCUAAAUGACUACACGGUUGAUGAACCAUCAUGCUCAACGCCGAAAAAGAGGCCAUUCAACCUACCAAGCAUCACAUCUAUCGAGGAACUACGAACCCCGUCAUUCGAGGAGCUACUGAAAUGUUUCUGGGAUUCAAAAUCGUGCUCGAAGCUACCAAAUGGAGACAUGAAGCAUCAUGUCGAGGCUGCUGCUGCACAUUCGACAAGAGAUUCUCGACUUCCGCUCGCUGCUAUUAAUUGAGAAAUAAAUAGAAACAUGUACAGAUGGCAUUUCGUUUCUAGAUUCAAAUAUAGGUUUUGAAUCUGGAAGCAUUUUUUAGGGUGGUUGGGAAAUUGGAUUUAAUUUUUGUGAUCUC